CCUAAUUGUUGUGAUAAACUUAUUAAAUAGAUCAGAUUGUUUCAAAUUCUACAGGAAUUUGCUUACAGCAAGAAAAUGGCAACCAAAAUGAAAGGAGCGAAGGACUUUUUGAAUGACUUGGCGAUGCCGACUGUCAAAGGCGAAGGUAUGCGAGGUCUGGCAGUGUUCAUCUCCGACAUCAGAAACUGCAAAAGCAAAGAGGCAGAAGUGAAACGAAUCAACAAAGAAUUGGCAAACAUCAGAUCGAAGUUCAAAGGAGACAAGACACUUGACGGAUACCAGAAGAAGAAAUACGUCUGCAAGUUGCUCUUCAUUUUUCUCCUAGGACAUGAUAUCGACUUCGGACACAUGGAGGCUGUUAACUUACUCAGCUCCAACAAGUAUUCAGAAAAACAAAUUGGUUAUUUGUACAUCUCAGUAUUACUGAACAACCAGAACCAUGAGCUGAACAAAUUGAUAGUUCAGUCCAUCAAGAACGACCUCGGGUCUGCACAGCCAAUCCACAUCAACCUGGCGCUGCAGUGCAUUGCAAACAUAGCCGGCAAAGAGAUGGCCAUGUCACUGGGUCCAGACAUCCCUAAACUGCUGACUUCCGGUGAUGUCAGUCCAGAUGUGAAGCAGAGUGCGUCACUCUGUCUUCUGAAACUCCUCAGAACGUGUCCCGAGGCUGUUCCUCACGGAGAAUGGGCGACAAGAGUGGUUCAUCUGCUUAAUGAUCACCAUUUGGGUGUAGUGACCGCAGCCACAAGUCUGAUUCACGAAUUGGUGAGGCGCAACCCAGAAGACUACAAAUCCUGCGUCUCUCUCGCCGUUUCAAGACUAUGCAGGAUAGUGACGGCCAAUUACACGGACUUGCAGGACUACACGUACUACUUCGUAGCUGGUCCGUGGCUGUCGGUGAAGUUGCUCCGGCUGCUCCAGCUCUACCCUACUCCAGAGGAUCCGGCCAUCCUGCAGAGACUCAGCACUUGUCUCGACAACAUCCUCAACCGAACCAACGAAGCACCCAAAUCGAAGAAGGUGCAACAUAGCAAUGCUAAAAACGCAGUACUUUUCGAAGCCAUCAACCUCAUAAUUCACAUGGAGAACGACGAGCGACUUCUCACUCGUGCCUGCCAGCAACUCUGUCUCUUCCUCUCCCACAAAGAGACCAAUCUGCGAUAUCUGGCUCUGGAGAGCAUGUGUAAUCUGGCUAGCACUGGGUGUGGGAAGUACAUAGAACCGGCUCAGUUGAACCCAGUUAUUAACUCGUUGAAGAGUGAGCGGGACAUAAGUGUGAGACAGAGAGCGGUGGAUCUGUUGUAUGCGAUGUGUGACUACCAGAAUGUGAAGACAAUUGUAGCUGAGAUGCUGUCUUAUUUAGAACUGGCAGAUUACUCCAUCCGAGAAGAACUGGUACUGAAAGUGGCGAUCUUGAGCGAGAAAUGGGCGAAGGACUACACGUGGUAUGUGGAUACGAUUCUACGAUUGAUCAGAGUGGCAGGAGACUAUGUCUCGGAGGAAGUGUGGCACCGAGUCAUACAAAUAGUCACCAAUGUCGACACUGUCAGACAUUACGCGGCUAAGACAGUGUUCGAGGCACUACAAGCCAAUGCAUGUCACGAGAACAUGGUCAAAGUGGGAGGGUAUAUUCUAGGUGAGUUCGGACACUUGAUAGCCAAGGAUCCGAGCUCCACACCUCUCACGCAGUUUCAGCUCUUACAUUCCAAGUUUCCUCUGUGCUCUGUGUCGACGAGAAUAAUGCUGCUCAACACAUACGUCAAGUUUGCAAAUGUGUUUGAGGAGUACGCAGGCGUCAAAGAUGCUAUCAAAGAUGUUCUUCUGAAUGAUUCCAAUAUUAAGAGCAGCGACGUAGAACUUCAGCAGAGGGCAUCGGAAUACCACAGACUGAUUACUAUGAACAACACGGAUGUCCUGAAUACUGUAUUGGACGAGAUGCCUGCUUUCCCCGAAAAAGAGUCGAGCCUUCUGGCUAAAUUGAAGCAGUACAGUAGAACAAACGCAAUUGGCGCUCAGAACGAAGAAGAGGAGGGUGAAACUGGAACUUCAAAGCAGAUGCCAGCCGCCAAGGUCAGAUCAACUGAUGACGUCAGAACAAACGGCGAGGCUCCAGCGAACGUAUCCGGAAAGUCCUCACCAGUUCCAAACAUUCCGCCGUCAGUCUCUGAGGACUUGUUGCAACUUGGGGACUCCCAACUAGAUUUCUCGACACCAGUUUCGAGUACCAACCCUUAUGCCCAGUCGAAUGCAGUUGGAGAUCUAGGCAGUAAUCUGGACCCUCUUCUGGAUAUUUUUGGACCUGGUCCGACUACUAAUGGAUCUCUGACGAAUGGUUCACUCAGCUCUUUGCCCGGAGGAGUUCAUCCAAAUGCUGAAGAGGCUUUCAAGAGAUUCGUGCUUUCCGACUCAGGCGUGUUACAUGAAGAUGAUCAGAUCCAUAUUAGCGCGCAAAUUGAACCCCGUCAAUCAACUGCUAUUAAACCUCCUUACCAAGCACAACUGACGCUUCUGUUCUCGAACAGUGCAGCUUCUCCUCUCAACGACUUCAGCAUCUCCGUUAAGUUGCCCGAAAACCUCUCCGACUUCUUAUCUGUAAACAUGAUUCCGAUCACGCCUCCUUCCCUCGCCCCUGGAGCACAAGCGAAGCAGAUGGUGGAAGUGACAUGCAAAGCAGACUACAUGACGAAGCCAAUCCUCAAUGUCUGCUUCACAAAUGGAGGCAGUGGUCUUCCUACAAACCUGUCAGUGUACCUGCCCCUGCCUGUGAGCAAGUUUUUCCAGCCGGUCGUGUUCAACUCUGGCGACUUCUUCACCAAGUGGAAGUUCCUCAGCCAGCCUUCGCAGGAGUGCCAGAAGAUAUUCGCUGCCAAAUUUCCACCCAUUAACACCGUAACUGACCAUAGCAAACUGCAAGGCUUUGGCAUGGGUCUGCUGCUCAACAUAGAUCCCAACCCGGCCAACUAUGUAUGCGCGGGCGUAUUAUACACCACCAGUGCUAACGUCGGAGUCCUGCUGAGGCUAGAGCCGAACCUACAGUCACAGAUGUACAGAUUAACAGUCAGAUCACUCAAAUCUUCAGCUGCACAGGCUGUCUGUGAACUACUUGAGCCACACUUUUGAAACCCUCUUCUUUUCAAUCCCUCUGCGAAUUAUUUCACGAGAUAGCCAAUGGCAAAAUUAUGACGUCAUAAUUAACUCUCCUCGGUCCUAUUUCCAACUAGUCUGUUUUACGCAAGCGAGCCUAUGUACUUCUGAAGUCAGACAUUUUCAAAAGUUUGACGGCAGUUUUUGUUGCUACUUGCUUUUUAUAGGUCGCAGGCUUUCAAUUCAAGAUGCUUACUUUAAUUGCGGUUAUGACAGUUAAAUUUAAUAAUCUGUUCUUGUAGUGCUUCAUCUCAAUCAAGGCUCAAUAAAUUCUAGUGUGAGCAAAAAUAUACUCAUAGAUUUUGAUUUUUUAUUUCGUUCCAGAAAUGGUUUCGAUCUUCGUAAUUAUUGGUAAGUUCAAGACGUAUAUCUGCCUUUUACAAUCAAAUACGGUUUCUGAUCAUACGAUAGAAUUUAGCGUCAAAAAACGGACUCGGCUUCAAUAACCAAUCAGUUGUUGCGGCAUGGCUAUUCAAAUUUCGACUGGUAAAAAGAGAGCUGGCUGCUGAAUUUUUUUUGAAUUACCUUGAUCUACGCCUCAUAUAUUGAAUUGCAGAUUUGACAUUAAUUUCAAUUAUCUCGAUUAAACGUGAAGCCCAAAAAUACUUGAUAGAAAAAGCAUUGAUUUUUUCUGAACUAUGAUUCUUAUUUGAGUGUGAAAUGGUUCAAUCGAAUCCAUUUUUUGCUUUUUGCUAAGACCGUGUCAUACUACGCGUACGCUAUAUAUGCAAUGUACCAUGCACAUUUGAAUGAAUUUUUGUGUUUAUUUAUUCAAUUCAUUAUAGCUGAGCUAAUUGUUAUCCCAAAAUUAUCACAAAAAUCAAAAUCCACAAUUUAAUGGCGCAAUUGUAUGUUACGAUGAUUUACCAAUUGUUGCAAACACGGAAAACAAAUCGAAGCAAUAUUUAUAUAUUUUCACUGCAGAGGUAGUUUGUUGCCAGUAUUGUUUAUCUAUAAAUUAAAAUGUUAAUCUAUUCUUUGUAGCCUUUUGAGACUGAUUGUUACAAUAUUUAUUUUGAUCUGUUCCGACUCUUUCGGGAACAUACCCAGGUUGAUGCAGUUUUGCUCAAAUGCCAUUAUAAACCCAGAUAUAUAUGCCUGAUUGUGCUACAGUUAUGAUUCGGUAUAUCGCAAAAAAAAUCCAUUUUUCAAUUUCUAGAUACUGGCAAUAUCUUAGAAAAAUUAGCUUGAUCUGACAGUUUUUGGAAUAAGACUCAAGAUUACUUUUUAUGAUCUAUCAUGCGUGAAGUCGUGAAAAAAAGAUGUGUUGAAAGGUGGAGCUUAUUGAAGCCAUUGUCACCCCAAACGUAAUUUGACUUGCCCUGGUAAAAGUGGAUAGGGUCUCGAUGUCCAGAAAUAAGUGAAUGAAAGUUGACCAAUAACGUGUAUUAAGUAUACCAUGAGACGUAAUUUUGCAUCCUAUAGAUUGUAUUGUAUAAAUCAAAAUUGUUCUUCUCCAUUUGAAUAUUUGUUUAGACUUAAAUAAAUUAUGAAUUGAAAUUUUCUACUCUCG